UGGACAACCCCCCCUGCGUCUUCGACGUCGACGACCCCUCCUGUGACCGAACCCCCCUGUCCACGCUGGCCAUCGUGGCCCUGGGCACGGGCCUCACCUUCGUCAUCUUCGGCAUCUCCAGCUUCCUGAUUUUCAGGAAGCUGAUGCUGGAGAAGGAGCUGGCCAGCAUGCUGUGGCGCAUCCGCUGGGACGAGCUGCAGUUCGGGAGCACCGACCGCUGCCACAAAGGGGCUGGCAGCCGGCUCACGCUCUCCCUGCGCGGCUCCAGCUACGGCUCCCUGAUGACGGCCCACGGCAAGUACCAGGUCUUUGCCAACACCGGACACUUCAAGAUGCGGGACAUCCAGUUCAACCACCUGACCCGCUUCAUCGGGGCCUGCAUCGACCCGCCCAACCUCUGCAUCGUGACGGAGUACUGCCCGCGGGGCAGCCUGCAGGACAUCCUGGAGAACGAGAGCAUCAACCUGGACUGGAUGUUCCGCUACUCGCUCAUCAACGACAUCGUCAAGGGCAUGGCCUUCCUGCACAACAGCAUCAUCGGGCACCACGGCAGCCUCAAGUCGUCCAACUGCGUGGUGGACAGCCGCUUCGUGCUCAAGAUCACCGACUACGGACUGGCCAGCUUCCGCGCCACGCCCGACGCCGACGAUGCCCACGCGCUCUACGCCAAGAAGCUGUGGACGGCGCCCGAGCUGCUGCAGAAGGGGCAGCUGCCCACCCAGGGCAUGCAGAAGGCCGACGUCUACAGCUUCGGUGUCAUCCUGCAGGAGAUCGCCCUGCGCAACGGCCCCUUCUACGUCGAGGGCAUGGACCUGAGUCCCAAGGAGAUCGUGCAGAAGGUGCGGCACAGCCAGGCGCCGUUCUUCCGGCCCUCCAUCGACCUGGGCGCGCACAGCGAGGAGCUGGCCCUGCUCAUGGAGCGCUGCUGGGCCCAGGAGCCGGCCGAGCGCCCCGACUUCAGCCAGGUCAAGGUCUUCAUCCGCCGCUUCAACAAGGAGGGCAGCACCAGCAUCCUGGACAACCUGCUGUCGCGCAUGGAGCAGUACGCCAACAACCUGGAGAAGCUGGUGGAGGAACGGACGCAGGCCUACCUGGAGGAGAAGCGCAGGGCCGAGAACCUGCUCUACCAGAUCCUGCCCCACUCCGUGGCCGAGCAGCUGAAGCGCGGGGAGACGGUGCAGGCCGAGGCCUUUGACAGCGUCACCAUCUACUUCAGUGACAUCGUUGGCUUCACAGCGCUGUCGGCGGAGAGCACCCCCAUGCAGGUGGUGACGCUGCUGAACGACCUGUACACCUGCUUUGACGCCAUCAUCGACAACUUCGAUGUCUACAAGGUGGAGACGAUCGGCGACGCCUACAUGGUGGUGUCGGGGCUGCCAGUGCGCAACGGCAAGCUGCACGCCCACGAGAUCGUGCGCAUGGCGCUGGCGCUGCUCGACGCCGUGCGCACCUUCCGCAUCCGGCACCGGCCCAGUGACCAGCUGCACCUGCGCAUCGGCAUCCACACCGGCCCAGUGUGCGCCGGGGUCGUGGGGCUGAAGAUGCCGCGGUAUUGCCUCUUUGGGGACACGGUGAACACGGCCUCGCGCAUGGAGUCCAAUGGGCAGGCCCUGAAGAUCCACGUCUCCUCCACCACCAAGGAGGUCCUGGACGAGUUUGGCUGCUUCGAGCUGGAGCUGCGCGGGGACGUAGAAAUGAAGGGGAAGGGGAAGAUGCGGACAUACUGGCUGCUGGGCGAGAGGAAGAACAACAUGGUCGCUUGAGCCCUCCGGCCGUGGAGCCCUUGCCCCAUCCCUGACUGCCGCGCGCUGCCGAUGGACUGCAGGUCAGCGGGACCCGUGCCCGCCCUGCCCGCCAGGCCGCUCUGCACCCGGUGCCCGCGCCCAGGACAGGGUAGAGCAGACCCAGCCCUGACUGGCAUCAGCAGAGCCAGCGUCACCGUGGCACAGCCCUGGGCCCGUGCCUGCUCUUCCUUGCACGGGGGCGGGCAGGAACCGGCCAGAGCCUGGGGGCGCACCUGCUGAGUCUCCCCGUGACCCUGCCCCGACUGCCCCCUCCUCCCCUCCCUGGGGCUCAGCUGGCCCAAGCCCCUGCUGCCCCCACUCGGCUGGCCGAGCCCUGCGCCCUCCCCCGCCCCCGGGCACUUUGCCUGCUUUUUUUUCAGGACUCGCUAACCCCCCACCACGAGCGUCAGGGGCUCCUGCCCAGGCUGGCCCCACAGCAGAGCGGGGCGGGAGGCACCGCCGGGGCCAGUGCAGCUGCUCCCCCAGCCCAGGAAGCGCCCCACGCUCCUCCUGCCCACUGUAAAUACCCCAUGGGCCACGACCCCUGCUCCCCCUUGUAAAUAUAGGAGUCAGACGGUGCACACUAUUUUGGUGAAAUACAGACCUCCCCCAA